GGUAGAACUUACUUUGGAGGCGUCGCUCCGAUCCACGACCACGAUGACCUCCCGCCGACACGCACUGUCUCAGCACACGAGUCACACGACACGCAGCCACUGGCAAAAGCUCAGCGUCAGCUUGCCGCUUGCUUGCCCACUACGCAGCCACUGGCACUUGGCACUGCCUCGCCAGUCGCCAGAUUCCACCGAGCAGAGAGCGCCCGGAUCGCGCGCCUUCGGCACCCGAGCCCGCCCGAACCACGAUCGCGCCCUGGGAGUUUUCCCGCUGGGGAGCGCAGUCGCGCGCUAGUUCGCCUGAAUCUUGCCGGCGACGAACCCUCUUUCCGGGAAACCCCGUCCUCGGAAGGGCACCAGUCAGCCUGAUGCGCCUGGUUCCAAGCCGUUGCGCCCGCCAGGCACUUCCAGCAUGCUUCCAGGCACCAAGGGAGGCUAUACUUUUUCGGGUGCACGGAGAGACCCGAAUGCGCCCCGUCGGGCAAGCCGUCAACCCAGCACUGCCAUAAUCAGCUCAUUUCAGCGAAGUUCAAACGGAUUGUGAUGGCUUCGAGGCUGGCUGAGUUGGAGGUGGAAGCCGCGGAAGUGACGCUGCGAAUCCAGCGGCUCAAGCUGCAGGCGGCGGAGGUGGCCGUGGACAUCGCCAGGGAGCAGGUGGAGCUUGCGGAGCUCGGCAGGGACCACGCCGUGGCACGCAGGGAGCUGCUGGAGUCGAAAGAGCCGUUAGACACCUCAAAGGAUUUGACGGACGCAUCUUUGAAGCCGUCGCCUCCCGCGGCCAAGAAGCGGAAGACUGCUUCCUCUUCUAGCACCUCCUCGUCUUACGCCUCCACUUCCAAUGCCUUCUCCUCUAACGCCUCCUAUUCUAACGCUUCCUCGUCUAACGCCUCCACUUCCAAUGCCUUCUCUUCUAACGCCUCGGAUGACGUGGCGGCCUUGGCGGAGGUCCAGGACCGACUAGCGAUGCUGGUGGCCCAAGAGCUGAGUGCCGCGGACGACUUGGAGUCGGCGAGGGCCCUCUUGAAGGACGUGGAGCAACAGGUGCAACAGCGACGACUGGUGGAGGAUACUUCACUUCGCCUCACAGUGCAGUGUAGCGCAGAUGAACCCAGCUCGGAGGUGGGGCUUGACAAGCUGCCGGACGAGGGACUUCUGUUCGUGCUGAGCUACCUGGGCCCGAAGGAGCUGUUGGAGUGCCGCCGUGUGUGCCGCAGGCUGAGGGACAUGGCGCUCCACCCGGACCUCUGGCGCUACAUGUGGCUCAAGGCGCACCCCGAAGACAACCAGCUGGUCGCCGCUUCAUUGCGCCUGGCGCCGUGCCUUCGCUGGCUGAACGUGGGAAGUUCGCUCCACCUUGCCCAGCUCGGCGUUCUCCUUGCCUCUACCAGCUGCGCCAUCUACGAGCUGGACUUGACCUUCCAACCAACAGACGCGGUGCUCGUCGUGAUUGUGUUGGAAAGGCAAGCUGCCUUAGGACGAUUGAAAUAUGUGAAACUGAAGUUGAGUUGCGAAGAAGACCCGGAUGAAAAGAAAACUUGCUUGUUCAACUUACGGUUGCUUCUUGAACGACUGCUUCAUGCCCAAGGGUUGGAAGGGAUCAACCUGGACGUCAACGCGGCAGCUGGACAAGAUUACUUCAAGAAAACGCCAGCGCUCCUGAAUGCAGCGAAGUACGAAGUCCCAAGGCCGGCGAAACUGCGAGCACUGGUGCAUGGAACAUGGUUCAAAAGCCCUUACCUGCCCCUGCAACUCAAGUGGAAUGCAGCCACUUUAGAGGUGGUGCACUUCUGGGCCGCCCCUCCCCGCGCGGUGCCCCUGCUGUGCUCGCUGCCCCGCCUCCGCGAGCUGCACUGCCCCCUGCUGCGCGACAUGCCGGUGCUGCUGCAGUGCGCGGCGCUCAAGUCGCUGCACCUCCGCGUCAACCAGGAGCCCUCCACGCGGCAUCUCUUCCCGGGGGUCCAGAAGUACCUGCGCGCGGCGGUGACGCGCCUGGAGGACCUCACCUUCGAGUACAUCGACGACGAGGCUCGCCCGGAGGCGGUGGACCUGGUGCUGAGCCUGGGCGGCAGUGCCGCCCCGUCGCUGCGGAGCCUGUCCUUCAAGUUCACCUACAAGAAGGAGUGGAAGCCGAAGACGUCUGCGCCGCAGCUGCGUCCUUUGGCCACCAUCCUCAGGUCUCUGGGGAGCCUGGUCCGCUUGAAGGUCGACGUGGAGCCGACCGACGAGUUCCUGGAGGCCCUGGACGGCGUGGUGCUGCCCAAGCUGGGGGUCCUGGAGUUCCAGUUCGACGACUGCCCGAAGCUGGCCCACGGGAAACACCGCCAAGUCGCCGGCCAGCUAGCCGGUGUCCUGCGGAGGUACCCGGGGCUGCACCUGGAGUGGGAGUCGUUCCACGAGGACAAGCCACACUGCCCGUUUUGCGACCAGUUCGAGUGCCGCGACUGUGACGGCGAGAUGCACUCGCUGUUCACCCACCCUGCAGACGAGUGGUGCGAGCCGGGCCACUGGGACAGAGCCUUUCACGUCAGCAUCGAGUGAGGGUGGCGUCUGUGUCAGCUGGUCCACUCGGGAAUCCUAGGACCCUCCCUCCAAGAGAAGCACUUGGGUAUGCCUCUGGGAGCUCAGCAGCAACAAUUUGCUCAAUACUCUUUUACUUAUUAAUUUUCGUAAAUUUAGGCAUGCUUUAAACUGAGCCUAAGGGAGCUCAGCAGCAUCUAUUAAGCUCUACCUUAAUAAUUUAUUUUAUGUUCUAAGUGUUAUGCAUUAAUUUUGGGCGUUUCUUAAGGAGCGGAGCAGCAAUAACUUAAAAUCUGCGCCUGAAUAAUUUUUUAAAUGUAUUAUUCGUAACCUAUAUUGUAGUCUUUUUUUAGCCUCGGAGCUGUUUUUAAAUCUGUGUGUACAUAGGUUGUGGGUAGGUCUUACAGCAGUGUCGAAAGCCUAGGCAAAACCUAGGGCUGUCUAUCCACGGUCAACUGCCCUAUUGUGUAUGUGCAAGCCUUAUUGUUAAAACUAUUUGAAAUAUACAGUUUGAUGUCGCCCCUACGAAA